AUGCAGAAUCGGGGCAUCACGCUCGACGAGAGCAUUCUCGAGGCGAUCAGGGAGACGCGCCGGAGCCUCGGCCAGGCGCGGCACCUGCCGGGCUUCCUCUACACGGCGCCCGAGAUCUUCGACUACGAGGUCGAAACCAUCUUCAUGAAGGAGUGGCUCUGCGUCGGCCGCGUGGAGGAGUUCGAGAACGAAGGCGACUACCGGGCCAUGCGGAUCGCGGGCGAGCCCCUGCUCGUCUGCCGCGACGCCAGGGGCGCCCUCAACGCCUUCCAUAACGUCUGCCGGCACCGGGGCGUCGAGGUCGCGACCGGCGAAGGGACGUGCAAGAGCUUCCGUUGCCCCUAUCACUCCUGGGUCUACGACCUGGAGGGCAAGCUGCUCGGCGCGCCGCACUCGAAGCAGGUCGAGGGCUUCGACUUCGCAUCGUGCGCGCUGCCGCGGGUCAAUCUGGAUACGUGGGGCGGCUACAUCUUCGAGUUCGCGGCGUUCCUGCAGCCGGAGAACACGCGGACAUCGGACAAGUACGUCUUCGACGUGCCGUGCAAUUGGAAGUUCAUCCCCGAGAACCUGAUGGACAUGUACCACGUCGGCGUGAUCCACAAUGAGUCAUUCGGCGGGCACUUCCCGGUCAACGACUUCCGCUUCAACCUGCAGAAGAACGGCUACAACGCCGCCUACGAGAGCUUCACCAUGGCGCCGAACGGCGUCACGCUCUUCGACACCAUGCCGUGGCUCAAGGGCAAGGUAACGGACAAGUUCGCGUGCACCACCUGGAUCCGGCCGACCAUGAACAUCUUCGGCCGCCACGACCUGAUCCAGCCCUGGGUGGCGCUGCCGAUCGACCACGCCACCACCCAGAUCAUCAUCUACACGCAAUUGCCCGACGCCUAUUUCGACGAGCCGGCCUUCGAGGAGAAGAACCAGAUUUAUGCCGACUUCAUCCGGCUGGUCGCGAACGAGGACCGGGCGAUGCUCGAAUCGCUCCAGAACGGCGUCGGCUCGCGCGCCUUCCGGCCGGGGCCGACGGUCAAGCUGGAGCGCGCCAUCCACCACCUUCUCAACUACUAUCUCGACAAACUCUUGAGCGAAGACGACGAGGCCCGCGCCAGGCGCCGCCAGGAAGGCGACGAAGCGCUGCGCGAGAGCGCCUCGCGCAGCAGGGAGCCGCGCGAUGGCGGCUACACGGCGCUGGUGAGCGCGGCGGAAUAG